AUCAAUAGGCUACAACCUUCAGGGGACCUUUUCUCUCAAUGGAAUAGGACCAAAUUGUGACUGACAUAUUUCGUACACUAUUUGGAAUAAUGAUCUGCCCAACUCGUUCUGAAUAAUCUGUGAUUUCAAUUCUUUCUGGAAUUUUGUCGCUGUAGAAUUAUAUUGCACCUCAUUAUCAUAUCGCUUCACAAUCCUAUCUGGGAUUGAUUCCAUCAUGACCCGGUACGCCCUCUAUAUGCUACCAGUGGCCAUUGUCCUGGCGUACGUUGCCACGUUCUACUACACCGAGGCAUGUAAUGAAGCAGUCUGUGCUAGUCUGGUCAGCAAGUGUAUUUUGCUGAAGGACUGUGGCUGUGAGGUGAAGGAUCAGGGGAACUGUACGUGUUGUAAGAACUGCACCAAGUGUCUCACUCUCUCCAAUUUAUAUGUGCAGUGUUGUUCCUGUGUAGGAAUUUGUCCAAAGCCCAAGUUUGAUGACGACAUCUAUAAAAGCAGUACAAUUGAGGAUCUCGCCCAUCCCGUGCCUGAGCUAUUCACCAUCCUAACGGACCAGGACGAGUUCAUGGAAUGGAAGACAUACCACUAUCCUACCUAUCACACUCUUCUUCAGUAUCGACCAGAGCUGGGACACUUUGCUAUUGAUCUUGGUGCAGACCCACAGUUUCUCAAGGCAAAUCCAAAGGCCCACCACUUCAAAACAGAAGCCUUGAAAAACUGCACUGUGGCGUAUCUCUCUGAUUGUACCUCGCUGAGUAAAUGCAAAACAAGCUGUAAAUCAAUGGGUGCGUCUAAAAUGCGCUGGUUUAACAACGACGGAUGUUGCCAAUGUAUCGGGAGUAGCUGUUUGGAUUAUGGGAUGAACGAAUCAAAAUGUCAGCGGUGCUCGCUAGAAGACGAUUAUGAGUACGAUGGCGCGGACAAUCUGGAUGCGGCGAAACUUAAAGUUGAGACGGCCAAUAUUGGGGCAGGCAUUGCUGCAGAUUCUGACCUGGCUAUCGAUAUGUACAAUUAGGAAUUUGCUGCAGGAAUCAUGUUUGGGAAUCCUGCCAUUCAAGUCUGGACAUGGGUGAUGUCAUCAUUCUUGUGGUCUACCGUAACUGCAGUCGUUUUUGACUGGAGCAUACGAUAAGACUUGAAGGAAUCUUGUAAUUGUCAUAUCUCCACAUGACUGUGCUCAAAACUCUCCAUACUCAUCUCUGAUUAAUGAGGGAAUCUAUUCUUGGUUCUUGUACAGGCGAAUGAACCAGGGAAGUUAGAUCUGAUACUUCUUACGGUUCAAUGACCAUAUUGUGAAGCUUUAAUUGAUAUCACUAGUCUCCCAAAUACGUAGAUCUUGUUGGUCCACCAAUGAAAAUUGAUGGUGAAUCAACUCAUUUUGAAAAGCCAACCGGUGUAUAUACUCAGUGUUCCAGUAUGGACUCUCAGUCAGCUAUUUGGUGUAAUUGACAUUCAUCAGAUGGCAGCAUUGGGCUCAGAAUUUGCUUCAGAACUUCAGCCAGACUGCUCUGCCGAUAGAAUGUAAAAUAAGGAUCACAGCAAUAUCAAAUUAACAACUUAUGAACUCUUCUUUCCGACACCAACGAUUUAUACACAGUGAUGUCCUGUUUUCUGUCAUAUCAUUUUGUACAACGCUAGCCGCUGAUCGAAUGCUGUAAAGUUUUUGAUGUAAUCAAUACCGUUUAUUAAUCAAACAUAACCAAUGUGCUGCCAAUUUAUUAACUGAAUGUACAUAUCACUGUCUUAAUAUUCAACUUUAACAUGCUUUACAAUCUUAGUUUACUAACUCGCUUUUUAUUAUUUUAUUGUUAUAAUCUCCACAUGUAAGUAUUUACCAUGACAAAGUGGCUGAGCGAUUUAACACUACACAUCGAACAAUCUCCUGAUACAAUCUUGUAGUGUUGCAACGAAAAUUGAAGAACAUUGAUUUUCAAACUCUGAUUAUGACAAUAAAGGUACAUGUAGUACCUUUGGACUCCUGUAUAAAACCAAUCUGAUACACCCAUUUAGAUCUGUUUACAAUAGGGUAAUCUGUAUCUUAUGGAUUUUUUUUAUGGAUCCAAAUGCUAGUGCCUUGAUGUUCAGAUAUAUUGCACAGGUGAGUGGGAGAACCAUUAUUUACACGGUGACAAAACUGAGGCAUUUUGCCAGUAAAAUCGUAAUAGCCAAGGUCAGGAUUUGAUGUAAUAGAUCUAAAUAAAUACUUCUUCAUGACUUGAA